UCAACCUCGCAAUAUCAACUCCACGAUGUCCGACAAACCGAGCACGCCUGCUGCUGAGAAUGCAGCGGGUGCCAGCUCUGGUGCUCCGAAAGUCGAUGCUGGGAGCAGUAGUGCUUCGUCCACGGCGACGAAGAAACCAAUCCCGGAGCAGAAUCCAGCAUUCAAGGCAAUGGGUCUUCCGAGGAUACGACUCCCAUCGCGAAACUGGAUGAUCUUCUGGACGGUUACGGGAUCCUUUGCGGGCAGCGUCAUCUACGAUAAAUGGCAGACGAAGCGACUACGCCAGAAGUGGUGCGAUCUGGUCGCUCCCAUUGCCGACGAACCUCUAGACCCGCACACUGCACCACGUAAAGUCACAAUUUACCUAUCCGCGCCGCCUGGAGAUGGCCUUCGUAGUGCGAGAGAGCACUUUCACGCGUACAUCAAGCCAGUGUUGGUGGCAGCAGCUAUGGAUUGGGACGUGGUCGAGGGACGAAAGGAGGGUGACGUAAGGCAUAAGACUGCAACCAAAAUAAGGAAGAUGAGGAAGAGAAGGGGAGAAGGCGAGCCAGUGGAGGAUGAUGGAGAGCUCACGAUCGAGUCAAUUCGCGAGAAGAACGGCAGCAAAACGUGGGAUGGAGUCGGUGGUGAUAUUGUCAUUGGAAGGCAUACAUGGAAAGAGUACAUCAGAGGUCUACAUGAGGGAUAUCUAGGCCCGGCGGAUCUACCCAAAGAGCCAGAGACGGAAUCUACAGCUGCGGAUAAAUCUGCAGCAGCGAUCGCUCCCACGGAAUCUGCAGCAAGUGGAGCAGCGGUCAACAAGUUGUCCGAAAUGCUCCCGGAAGAGCACGGAAAGUCGUCGACUGGAGCUCCUGGCACAGAGGCGCAACCGGGAGAUACGAAGCCGACCGAGGAACAGAAGAAGGAAGAAGAGAAGAAGAAAAAGGAAGAGGCGGAGAAGCCCAAGAGACGCUUCCCACCAUCUCCUAUCCUUCCUGAGCAAUACCAAAAUGCUACCCUGGCUCCAUCAACGCCAGAGAUCAUCGGGCCCAGCAUGGGUGUGCGAAUGCCACAUCUCCUUGGAAUCAGGAACACACCAAUUCGAAUGUACCGAUUUCUGACUCGACGAAGGCUUGCCGACGACAUUGGGCGGCAAGUCGCAACCGCGAUCCUCGCUUCGCAUCGACCGUAUGGAACCGUCGCAGAGGCUGACGAGGACAGCGCUUCUGACACGCCGAGAGAAGUCCCCGAGCAGAAGGCCGUCCUGGAUUUUGAAGAGCGAGACUGGUGGAAGACAGCAUAUCAGCCGCGCAAGGAGCACGAAGAAAGCGUCAUCAUCGAGCCGAUGGCCUUUGACGAACGCAUUAUCAGUCGGAUGCGAUCAUUUCAGCUCACAUCCGAGGAUGAAGGCAGAGCGAAGAGGAUCCAGGCAGGUACCGAACCGAUAACGAAGACAGAAGAGGAGUGAGGGGCGCCUCGCGUGUGCCGCGUGCGGGUUAAAAGAAUCAUCUCAGCUCCAGCGAAUAACGACCAUGGAGGGCGUGCUGAUCUGCAGAAUGAAAGGGAAGGUCGAAUCGAACCUCCUGGCUCGAGCAAUUCGGCUCAUCAGUCCGGCGUGACAC